GGAGGAAGCUGUGGAGAUGAGAUAACGUUAUCACAAGGCGAGCAAAGCCAACCCUUUCCCUCUAAGCGAAGUUGAAAUCACUACAGAGCUCGUCUCCGCGGCCAUGGAGCUCUCCCUCCCCGCACUAGGGCAUCAGCGGCUCCUCAGCUCUCUAUCUAGUUCUAAUCAGUUGCAUUUCUUCCCAGCGAAGCACCGUCGUUCGGAUCGGAAGUCUUCUUCUGUUUUGUAUUGUUUCUGCUCCAGAAGUGCUUUCUUCUCUGAGUCCGGGGGAAGGAGAGCAUUGGUUGGUCUUAUUUUUGCCGCUGCUGCUGGACUCAAAAUGUGUCAUGGAGCUGAAGUUGUUUCCUCUAGUAGAAGAGCACUUAGGGGAGCAAAGAUACCUGAGAGUGAUUUUACUACCCUCCCAAAUGGUCUGAAAUACUAUGAUCUGAAGGUUGGAGGCGGGGCUAAAGCUGCCAAAGGAUCACGUGUUGCUGUGCACUAUGUUGCCAAGUGGAGGGGUGUAACUUUCAUGACUAGUCGGCAAGGACUUGGUGUUACUGGGGGCACGCCUUAUGGUUUUGAUGUUGGACAAUCUGAAAAUGGAACUGUUCUUAAAGGUUUGGAUCUUGGGGUUCAAGGAAUGAGGGUUGGCGGCCAGAGACUAUUGAUAGUUCCGCCUGAACUAGCUUAUGGCAGUAAAGGAGUUCAGGAGAUUCCUCCUAAUGCAACAAUUGAGCUCUAAUGUUAAACUUAUAGAGGGUUAAAUGUGCCUGAUUUUUCAUGCCAUGCGGUGAACCAAGUUGGUGAGCCAAUUGUGGCAGAACAAUAUACAUCUGCAGCCAGUAGAAAGGCUUUGUAUUUAUUUUUAGAUGCUGUUUUGUUAUAUUCUUACGUCUGAAUAGUAAGCUUAGAAAUUUAAUUUAUGCUGCUUUGUUAAACCCUUACAUGUUCAUAUGAACUUGCUUUAAAUGCGGCAAUUACAUACAGGCCACCCGAAACAUUGCUAUUUACAAAAC